AUGCUGGGCCCCCGCGGCGUGACGCGAGCACGGCAGCUCCGCCCCCUGCGUCUCUGGCCUCGCCGGCCUUGGGGGGAUGGUUCCAUCAUGGCGUCAAUGCAGAAACGACUACAGAAAGAACUGUUGGCUUUGCAAAAUGACCCACCUCCUGGAAUGACUUUAAAUGAAAAAAGUGUUCAAAAUUCAAUUACACAGUGGAUUGUAGACAUGGAAGGUGCACCAGGUACCUUAUAUGAAGGGGAAAAAUUUCAACUUCUAUUUAAGUUUAGUAGUCGAUAUCCUUUUGACUCUCCUCAGGUCAUGUUUACUGGUGAGAAUAUUCCUGUUCAUCCUCAUGUUUAUAGCAAUGGUCAUAUCUGUUUAUCCAUUCUAACAGAAGACUGGUCCCCAGCGCUCUCAGUCCAGUCAGUUUGUCUUAGCAUUAUUAGCAUGCUUUCCAGCUGCAAAGAAAAGAGACGACCACCAGAUAAUUCUUUUUAUGUUCGAACAUGUAACAAGAAUCCAAAGAAAACAAAAUGGUGGUAUCAUGAUGAUACUUGUUGAUGCCACUGUUCUCAUCCUCCUAGCAGAAGAUAGUCCUACUGAGAAAAUGAGCACUUUGAUCAUUCAGUCUUUGAACUUUAACCUUUGACUGGAAGUGACCUAUAGGCAAUGAAGACUGCUUCCUUUGACUGCAUUUUUACUUGUGUGCAUUCGGGGCGCAUGUUGAUCGCUGGUUGAGUCCAGGCAACUGACAUGCUUUGAUUAGUCAUACAGUAUUAAUGCAGGUGUCAGGAAAUGUCAAAUAUAAUUCCAUUUUUUAUUUUUAUUUUUUUAAGCUUUUGAAAAGUUCCAGGUCCUCAUGUAUUGUGCAAUAACAAUGACUUCCUUGGCGGUUUUGCGACGUUCGUUGCCGGCAAUGGACGUUGUAACAGGAAAAAAUUUCAUUAAUUUCUGCCACUCAAUGAUUAAUGCGUGAUAGGGCCUAUGACAUGAACUUAACGGUUAGAGUGGGAUUAUAAAUAAAGUGAGGGAUCCAACAUUACUCUGAAAGUCACCCCAACUGCUCAUAUUUGGAUUCUAUGCACUGUGAACCUAAGGUUAACAGCAUGAAUUAACAUGCGUCUUUAAAGGACUGUAAUGAAAGAUCAUUGCGUAUUUAUUGAAUUGUUUAUAUCUGCUGUCAAAUUGUUUUGACAUGGACAGUUUUCAAGUAACAUUGGCAGAGAGGUACAAUAAGUUAUCCCUAUGGUGAAAAUAAAUUCGUUUGUUGUACAUAGUUCCUCAAUCUCUGAAGUAAAGGUAUGAGUAAUAUAGGGUAUAAAUGGUGUAAUCAAGGCUUUAUUUUGGAAGUAAGAAAAAUGGCAGUGAUGAUUAAACUGCUACAGUCCAUAAUUUGGGCCUGUUGUUUGUACAUUAUCAAUUUUUUCCAAAUAGAUGACACUCUGUUACUUCCUGCUAGCCAUCAGCAUGAGCCCUACUGCCUAAACACUAUUUCAUUUAUUUAUGUUUGGAAAAUCCAUAAACAUUUUUGUUUGCAAUUUUGUUUCUUUUGUUAUGUUUGAAGUCAAGUUUGAAUGUUAUGAUAUUUUUAAUUGAAAAACUUUUGUCAAGUUUUUUCUUGUAAAUUUUCUUUACUUGUAAGUAUCAUCUUGUCCUUCUAUUCUGUACCCUAAAAUAAGAAAUACAUUUUUGACAGAGGCUUAAUGUUUUAACAAAAGAGUGUGGACAUUUUUAUUUUAAAAUUUAGGCAAAAGUGCAUUAUAGAACGGUAUGUUUGCUUAUUUGUCUCACACAACCAUACAGGUUUUUUUUCUUAGAGGGAUUUGUUUGUUUUGUUCUGUUUUGUUGUUAUUUAAGACUUCACUUACAGGUAGACAACAUUUUUCUAUAGAAAAAAAAUUGUUUGAAAGGUCCAACUCUCAGUACCGUGUAAGUUGAUACUGCAACUAGGUUCUCUUUUUAAAAAGCAAUUAAUGUAUUUUAUAAAUUACCUUUUCGCAUAUGCAAAAUCUGUUUCUACUACAAUGUUAUUUUUACUAAUGCCUGUUGUUGCACUCUAUGACAUAUCCUACAGUGAAUAUAUGAAUCAAUUUGGGCUUAAAAAUGAAAGCCAGUUGGCUGAAAGGUUUGAAAUAUGUACCCCAGCGAAACCAUCCAAUCAAUAAUUGGCAGAGAAUAUUUUAAAAAUUGUUUUUAAUCUCUGUAUAGAUGACAUUUUGUAGCUUUGUACAUGUUGUUAAUUAAGGGCAUAUAAUUUUACACUCUAAAAGUAUAAUUGUUGAACUCAGGGGUGGGUAGACUUCAAAAAUACGUCUGCUGUAGAAAUUAACUUGAAAAAUUUUUAAACUAUGGCCAGCCACCAAAUUGUGGACACUGUUUAUACUGCUAGUUAUUAAU